AUGUCGCGCGCGUCCGCGGAGGCCCUGCGCGAUGCGCUGCGAAAGAACCACCCCGAUGCGACGCUCGAGUUGGCGCCCGCGCCCGACGGGCGUGGGUUUCGCCUGACGUGCGUCGACACCGGACACGCCAGGACGUGGCGCGACGACGGUGAACUCGAGCGCGCGCGUUCGGACGUGGAGGCGCACCUGAUCGGGGGGAAGUUUCGCUCGGUGGUGGCGAGACGACGGGAGCGGGAGGCGCUGCGCGCGUACGAGCCGCACGUCGUCCCGAGCGCGGCGGUCGAUGGGUACGUGUUCUGUCGAUUGACAGGAGCGCGCGUGCGGGCGACGGAGGCGGCGAUCGUGCGGCACGGUGAGGGGAAGAAAUUUGCGGCGGCGCUCGCGCGAGCGAGCGGUCCGAACCCGCCGCCGUUGUUGACGGAGAAGUCGUUGGAGGAAGAGGCGCGCGAACGGGAGACGAAGGCGAGAGAACACAGGGAGCGGGCGGAGGCGAACGCGCGGGCGAAGGAGGAGGCGAGGGUGAAGAUGGAGGCGGAGAGGGCGAAGAGACGCGAAGUGAAGAAGCGUCGGCGCGAAAACGGCGGGUACGACGACGUCAUGGGGUGCUGGGUACCGCCGGCGUCGGAAAUUCAGAGCGACGACGACGAGGACGAUAGCGACGCGAGUGGUGACGGUGAAGAUACCGAUGCCGACGCGCACAACGAUUUGGAGGAUGAUUUCUACGACGAUGACGACGACUCGGAUUCCGAGGACGCCGAGGAAUACGACUCGUCCGAAAGCGACGCCGAGGAUGAAGAACUCGUCGCCGUCGUCCGGAGACCCGGUUUCGGCAAGAAGAAAAAGCAGCGCACAGAUUAA